GACCACGCGCAGCUCUCGCGAGCAUUAGGGAAGAACGGAGGGAUCGGAAAAUGGCGCCCAGCGGGCAAGGGUCUCCUACGAGCCAGGUGCUCUUGGCUGCGGCCCUGCUCCUCGCUCUGGGCGUGGAAAGGGCUCUGGCGCUACCUGAGAUAUGCACUCAGUGUCCAGGGAGUGUGCACAAUUUGUCAAAAGUGGACCUUUAUUGUAAGCAUACACCAGACCUAAUGCUGGACGCUCGCUGCUGCCUGAAUCAGAAGGGCACCAUCUUGGGGCUGGAUCUCCAGAACUGUUCUCUGAAGGACCUUGGUCCAAACUUCCCUCAGGCACACACCGCUAUUAUCAUAGACCUGCAUGCAAAUCCCCUCAAGGAUGACUUGGCCAGCGCUUUCCGAGGUUUUACCCAGCUCCAGACUCUGGUACUGCCACAAGAUGCCAGCUGUCCUGGAGGUAUCAAUGCUUGGAAUACUGUCACCUCUUAUAUAGACAACCAGGUCUGCCAAGGACAGAAGAACCUUUGCAAUAGCACUGGGGAGUCCGGAUUGUGUCCUGAGAAUGGAUUGUGUGCACCCGAUGGUCCAGGUUUCCUGCAGUGUGUGUGUGCUGAGGGCUUCCAUGGGUACAAGUGCAUGCGUGAGGGCUCCUUCUCACUGCUUAUGUUCUUCGGGAUUCUGGGAUCCACCACAGUAUCCAUCUCCGUUCUGCUUUGGGGGACGCAACGCCGGAAGGCCAAGACUUCAUGAACCUCACAGGUGCUCCUGCUGGAGUAAGCCCGUCCUGAUCGGAGCUCAGUUGGGGAGGCUGGCUUCCUCGUGGGUAUCAUUGGCCAGCCGACCCUCUUCAAUGCUGAGGCUGCCACGGGACGGAAGAUAGAAAAUGGCACCACUGGGGUGUGGUGGACCCUCCGGGUCAGUUCUCAUUUGUGCUGUUGACUAACCCGGACUAGUACUAGUUCCCAUUUGUGCUGUUGACUAUAAUAAACACGUUUUUCUUCUUUUU